UUAAAGAAACGUAAACAUGGACGGUCUCGUGAUCAAAGAGGAAUUCGUUGCAAGUGAAGAAGAACUUGAAGACAUUUUUCCAAGAUCAUUGGAAAAAAGAGACGAAGAUAAUGGACAGGCAAACAUUUCACAGAAAUUCAUGUGCAAAGUUUGUGGUAAAUGUCUGUCGACCAAGAGCAAUCUGAAGCAACAUGAUAGGAUCCAUACUGGGGAAAGACCCUUCGAGUGUCCGUUCUGUGGAAAGGCCUUCCAGACGUCAAGCUCUCUGAAUGUGCACAAGCGUUUACACACAGGUGAGCGACCGUACCCAUGCAAAUCAUGCGACAGGACUUUCCUAUGCAGCAACCAUUUGAAAAGACAUGCGAGGAGCCACAUCCCAAAACUUGAAUGCCCUCAAUGUGGGAAAAGUGUUGAGGUGGACAAGAUGGAGGAACAUCAUGAGCUAGGGUUGUGCGCUACCUUCGCUAAAGCACGCAAAAAGGUACCGCGCAUCUCCCAUGCCUGCGGUUUGUGUGGCAAAACAUUCACUGGGUCUGCUGCCCUCACAAGCCACAAGAAGAUGCACGGCAAGAAGAAAACGUUCAAGUGUGAGUCGUGCGACAAGGCGUACAACAACGGCAGCGCCCUCUUGGUUCACAGGCGAGUACAUUCUGGACAAGGGUUUGUUUGCGAGACCUGUGGUCAGCGCUUUCUGCAGAACAGCCAUCUGACUGUACAUCGGAGGGCUCACUCUGGGGAAACUCCAUUCAAGUGUGAGUACUGCGCCAAGGGAUUUAAACAGAGCUCUAACCUGAAAGACCAUGUCAGGUUGCAUACUGGGGAGAGACCGUUUACCUGUGAGUGUGGCAAGCGGUUCAGGCAGACUGGACAUCUCAAAGAUCACCAGAGAAACUACUGUGCUUUUAAGACUAAGAUUAAGAUACCUAAAGUAGUUUUUCCAGUGGUUUAGUAAGCAUUCAAUGUAUUCUAAUCAGAAAUGUAUUCAUGAGUCUUAGGACAUGGUGUUGACAAGAAAUAAAUUUUUAGUACUGUAGUUAUGAAGGUGCUUGUGAAUAGACCAUGUGAACUUUGUUUACAAUAAGUGUGACCUUGUGAAUUCUUAAGCUAGUCUGGCAAGCAAGAUAAUGCACUGGCCAUGUCGGGAAAGUUUACAUUUUCUGUCAUAAUUUCCACAUAAAUGCAAGAGAUAGGAAGUAAAAGCUGGACAAGUUUUGCGAAGUACCCCCUUUCAUCAUAUCCAAAGUUCAUAAAAGUUGGACAAUGCAGUCUCCAUGAAAAAAUAUAAUUUAAUAUUUUCUUCCAUUGAGCUGUGUACAAAUCGUACCUGCAGGAAGGCAAGGCUUGGUGGCUACAUGUAUUUUGUAAACACAUGAUGUCAUAGGUCACAUCGUCUUUACUGUGAGGCAAAAUCAGCACAGGUGACCGUGACCCUAUGUGACUCAAACCUGUGACAUUCAGUAUUCAAAAUCGAUGUUUGAAAAACUUUAGUAUUCAAAAUCAUGACAAGUUUGAAAACUUGAUUCAUUGAAGGGCAGUUAAACGCAUCUUGUUUUCAGUGCUUCCUAGUUAAACAAUGUACUGGGUACAUGUAUGGAGGAAUCAAGUACCGGUAAAAUGAUUUGAAAUCGCUUGGUUUAUUAUAUUUAUCUGAAGCAAAUCAAAACGCAACUCAAAUUUUCCAUUUGAAAUGUGUUUUAGUGCAGAUUUUGUGAGAAAAUCCCUUUAUGUCCAAUUUGAUCCUUGCUACGGCUA